AUGCGCGCGCAUACCUUGCCUAUACAGCGGCUAAUUAUGUUGUGUGGGCUGCGCCUUUUCGUGUUGUCACCUUGUGCGACUUUCGGUUGUCGGCUCUGUUUGCUGCAACCUCGACAUGCUGCCGCUCUCGCUGUGCCACCUUCAGCAUCCGCCCCCGCCGCUGGCAUGCGAGCGGGAAACAUGUUGUCGCCAUCGGUGUCGAAGCGCGGCAGUAUCACGUUAAGCGCUGAUGGUACGGCGGCUGGCUUCUUCCGUCAGUCACCGAGCUGCCGCCGGCGCCUAGGCGAUGCGCCGGGCUGUAAACGCUGGACUUGGUCUCAAGUUGAGGGCGUCGCAGCAUACGGGCAUUGA